CCCGCACAGCCCAUCACUGGCUGGAUUGCCGGAUUUGGCCGGAUUGCGGCAUUUAAAGAAAGUUUGAGUUACGUUAGUCGUCAAAUAUCGAAGUUAAAUAUAAAAGAUGGCAGAUGAUAUUAAGGCAAAAGAAUUAGAUUGGGUGAAAGUACGAGAAGAGUUGGAUAGUAUUUAUGUUACAGAAACGAUAUAUGACAAAGCGUUACGGAAAAUGCGAGAAAAUCCGCUUGUACCAAUAGGAGCCUUUGCAACUACAGUUGCUUUGUCUGUUGGACUAUUUAGCUUUUAUCAAGGAAAAACAAGAAUGCAACAAUUAAUGAUGCGUACUCGUGUUGGUGCUCAAGGAUUUACUAUUAUAUGCAUGGUUGCUGGAUUAUUUUUUUUACCUACAAGAGAAAGGAAAUAAAAUAAUAAGUAAUGUUAAUUCAGAGGUAUAACGUUAAUAUCUGUUUUAAUAUAGACAGCAUUAGUAUAAAUCAAAUUAUAUGUAUUAUAUCUAAUGCAAAUCAAUGUACAAUAUUAUUUUCUAAUUACACCAGGUCAUACACACUGUGAGAAGUGCUAGGAAAGUAGCAUUACUUAUUAGUUAAUGUUUUAGAUUGUACAGAUUGUACAUACUCAUCUCUACUAAUAUAAAUUAUAAAAAUAUUUUUCCUAUAAAUAUUUUCGAUAAUCAUAUAUAUUGAUAUAUUUAGUUACAUGACAAUAUAUCAAGAUAUCCUGCCAAGCUUGUCUUUUUAAGUUAUACAGAUGCAGGAAGUUGUGCGAUAGGAUUUUUAAAAAUAAUGACUAGCUCGGUUAUGUAUCAAUAUAAUCAUAUAUUAUUAUAGUUGUUA